UCCUCAGCCAGCCAAAGAGGGGGGUGGGGUAGAGUAGAUCCACCCACCCCCAGCUGUUGAAAUCUACUCGAUCGGCAGGCGAUCGCCGCAGUAGCGGCGGCCACAAGCGCAGAGGCGCGAUGGUUUGCGGCGGCUUCUCCUGCUCCAAGAACUGCCUGUGCGCCCUCAACCUGCUCUAUACGUUGGUGAGCCUGCUGCUGAUUGGAAUCGCAGCAUGGGGCAUUGGUUUUGGCCUCAUCUCCAGCUUUCGGGUGGUCGGAGUAGUCAUUGCUGUGGGGAUAUUUCUCUUCCUGAUUGCUCUGGUGGGGUUGAUCGGCGCCAUCAAACACCACCAGGUGUUGCUCUUCUUCUAUAUGAUUAUUCUCUUGCUAGUGUUCAUUAUACAGUUUUCGGUCUCCUGUGCUUGUUUGACAUUGAACAAGGAACAGCAGAGCAAACUUCUAGAAGUUGGGUGGAACAACACAAACAACGCCAAGCAGGAUAUCGAGAGGAAUCUAAACUGUUGCGGAUUCAAUAAUGUCAGUGAAGCGGACACAUGCUAUGCCAGCUGUGUUAAGCUACAGUCAUGCCACCCAUGUGCACCAAUAAUCAAAGAAUACUCUGGGAUGGUGUUGAGAUUUGUAGGCGGCAUUGGGCUCUUCUUUAGUUUCACGGAGAUCUUGGGUGUGUGGCUCACCUACAGAUACAGGAAUCAGAAGGAUCCUCGGGCAAAUCCUAGUGCAUUUCUUUGACCUGGAAACUUUAUCGGGGGACUGAAUAUUUCUUUUCCUGUGUUUUUAAACAUGAAUUCUCUACCAAUUGGCUACUCUCCACAUCGGCCUUGGCCUUGUGCACUUGAGAUAAGAUGGCCUGCCUACAGCUGCUUCUCAUCUUGGCUUUUCUUGUAUUGCCCCUGGAUUAACUGGCUUGGAAUGUCACCUGUGCCCCUAAUCAGAAUCUGGAUACUCUAGGAAUGCGGGGGGGGGGGGGAGUUCCGUAGGAGUUCUUCUGGUGUUACACUGUCCAACCCUGCAUUCUGGCCUUUGACAAUUGCUUGCUGUUGCCUUCGGUGGGCAAAAAGGAGAAAAGAGAUUUCUGAUCUGUUUCGUCUGCCAGAAAUUCUUUCUGAAAGAUUGGUUUUGAAUGCCCAAAGCUGCGUUAUGAAACCUGAUGUGAAUUAUGACGCUGUUGUUUCCAACUUUGGUAUUAUGGGGUGUU